UUUUUUUUUUUUAAUCAAUCCAGAUGUGUGCGUGGGAAGUGUACGCACGUGCAUACAUCAGGCCCCAAAUUGGAAAACAGUGAAGCAAUAACUGUACAGUAUAAUUAACAAUGCAUGCGUUUUAACUACUAAAAAAUCGCUCUGUUGUGUGUGUGGGGUUUUUUCAGACGCAUGCACUCUUCUAGUUUAGGGAUGAAGCAACGCUGCGAAAUUUAUUCACCUGUAAGCUUUUGAGCUGUGUGUCAGUGCGAGUGGAGCUGGCAAAAAUAGAUUUAAGAUACGGCACAUUACUCUAAGAAAGGUUACAUCGACGUGUUUGUGGCGAUAUUGCCUCUUUCACUGCUGCUGCUGCUGCUGCUUUCUCUCGGGCUGAGCUGUUGCUUCUCGGUGAAUGAAUGAAGGCGCGUCACUGCGGUGCUCCCUCAACAUGGCCGUCAGCGCGCUGGACAUGGAGGCCUGAUCAGACACACGUUCACUCGCUAGGAUGUGCGAAACGGACUCGGUUUGCAUAUGCUUCUGUUUUGCGGUCGACUUGAUUACUUACAACCGAUAAAAUCACAGCCUUGGUGAUUCAGCCCCGGAUGAAGGCCAGUGCUGGAGCCUCGGGCUGGAUUUGAGAAGCGGCGCUUGAAAGAGUUUGUGCAGGGUGUACAAUGUUUUGUUGCGUGCCAGAGGAAGAGGAGGCUGAGCACUCUGACUAGUGUGGAUGAGAGCACAGCUCAUCUCUCCUUUCCUUGUUCCCUUUUGUCUUUAACAUCUCAAUUACCCCACCCUUUCUCAUGCUCAUGACCUGGCUGACCUUCCUUCAAUGCUCCUACAUCUUUCUUUUGUCCCUCAUCACUCCUACUAUGUGCUCAGUGCCGUGAUGCUGUGCUGUGGCCGAGCUCUGGACUCUCCCUGUACUCUGGCUCUGCUGGUGGGUUUCCAGUUUGCAUUUGUGCUCUAUUUCUCCUUGGGAGGCUUCCGUAGCCUUGUCUCUGUGCUGGUGCACUCCUCAGAACCUGAGUUUGACUACUCUCGGCCGCAUGAUGUCUACACUAACCUCAGCCAGCUCAGUGCCCUGCCGCCCCCUCAUCCCAGCGGAGCUGAGCCACAGCUCAGGAGUUGCUUGCUGCCAUCACCACUGCUUGUGGGUCCUGUGUCUGUUCGCCUGUCCUCCCCCCUUUCUCUGGAGGAGAUAAAAGAGAAGAAUCCUCUGGUGACCCCAGGAGGCCAUUACCGUCCUACGGACUGUGAACCGAGACAUCACACAGCUAUCGUGGUCCCCUACAGAAAUCGGCAGAGCCACCUGCGAACACUCCUCUACCAUCUGCACCCGUUCCUGCAGAGGCAGCAGAUACACUACGGCAUCUACAUCAUACACCAGUCAGGAAACUCGACAUUUAACCGUGCAAAACUACUGAAUGUGGGAGUGCGGGAAGCUCUGAAAGAGGAAGACUGGGGUUGCAUCUUCCUCCAUGAUGUUGACUUGCUUCCAGAAAAUGACCACAACACCUACACUUGCCACCCACAGUACCCCACUCACCUCUCUGUGGCUAUGGACAAGUUCAGAUAUAGGCUUCCGUACCCUCAGUACUUUGGUGGAGUGUCUGCCAUCACUCCAGACCAGUACCUCAAGAUGAAUGGCUUUCCAAAUCAGUACUGGGGCUGGGGAGGAGAGGAUGAUGACAUUGCUGCUCGCCACUGGAAGGGUCAAGUUCGUCUAUCUGGGAUGAAGAUAGUGCGCCCUCCUGUGGCCGUGGGUCAUUAUAAGAUGAUUAAGCAUAAAGGGGACAAGGGUAAUGAGCAGAACCCCAGAAGGUUUGACUUGUUGAAGCACACCAGGUUAAAUUGGAGGUCAGAUGGACUCAACUCGCUCACUUAUGAGGUCCUUUCCAAAGAGUUAGAGCCGCUGUACACCAACCUGAGUGUCAACAUUGGGGAAGACCCUCACCCUCCUCCCAAAAAGUCUGCACUCCCUAAAAAUGCUUCUUAUCCAGCAGCAAGACCCAAAGACAGAGAAAAAGACCAAGGAACACUAGGAUGGCAGUCCACUCAAGUUACCAAAUUAGAGGGUCACUUAAAAGUAACCAAUACGAGUUCAGAUGUUGGUCAGAAAGAUGUCGUGAAACAGGAAAUUGUUUGAUGUCAUAGAUGUAGUCCAUAAAGCAUUGGCACUACAAGUGGAUUUGUACUGUGCCCGUUUGCUUAGUUUUCUCUUUAAUAUCAUUGAGUUUUGCACUGAGGUGAGCUUGCGGGUAAGUUGAAUCAUUGCACUGAUUGUCUACAGUGGCAUGGUGUCAUUUGCACAGACCUCUGCUGUACCAUUUCCUGACGAUCUCCUUGCCACGGAACUCAUCUGAGCGUGAACUGAGCUAAGCAUUAAUGAAAAUUAUGUGCUCAUGUGUAAUUGUGCUGUAGAGACACUUGCACCAGUGCUAGUCCUGUGUGCUUAUUCAGCCAGCCUGCGGUUAACUGCUAAUCUUCACACCAACGUGUGGGUUCUGUCUCUUUGUGCCUUUUCUCACUCUAGAACCAGUUUCUGUCAGCGUCUUAUUACAUAUGUUCUUAAUCUCAGACAAGCAUAUUAGCGCACACCUGUGUAUCGGAGUAAUAGGCUACUAAAUGCUCUAAAUUGAUGCUGCUCUUAUUUCUCAUCACCAUGCAGCUUUGUGAUCUUGUGCUUGAGCAGACUGUUAUCACUGUGUACUAUUUUUGGUCUUGCUAUGGAAAUGUGCAGCUCAUCAUGUUCGCACAGGUUUGUGGUUUUUAUUUUAGAAAUGGCUAAUCUAAAAGUACUUUAUAAGAAAAGUACAAUAGGGAAUAUCCAUUAAUUCCAGAUGGCUCUUUUGGUUAGACAAUCAUAAGCUAAAUAGCUGACAAAUCAAUCAGUUAACAAAUUUCUGUCUUUAGAAGUUCUUUUUUUUAUUAUUAUUUUUUUAUAAUCAUUAUAACACAUAAUAGUGGUUUGGAUUUAUUUUAUAGUAAGAUAUUUUAUAGUAGAUUUGUUAAAGUUUGGUGAAUUAUUUUAUUGCAGGUCUCAUGGAAAGUGUUGCUGCAUAUAAUUGAUAUAAUUAUUGCUAUAAUCUUUGUACAUAAGCUAUAUUUAUUCUAUAAAAAUGCCCAAGCAGAAAUUUGCCAUAUGCAAAAAUAUGACAUAUUUCUAAUUUUUUAAAAAUCAACCAAGUAUAUGUACACACUGAUGAGGACUGAUUUUCAAAUAUUAGUCUAUCUAAUCUAUUUCUGAACCCUAACUCUGCUGUAAAAUGGUUGGUGUUUUAAAUGUGUAAUCUCCGCACAGAGGGUAUACAGCAUUUCCCCCCCCUUUUUUUUCUUGUAUCUGGCAAUAUCAGAAAGUGAUCAAUUGAAUGUACUUCUGUUUCUCUCUCUCUCCCAUUUGAAGCAGCCAGUUAUUUUUUUAUUUUUAUUUUUUUGGCAGGAAUUAAGUAUAAAGUAAUGUAACAAGACCUACAUGUAGACCUUAAACUUUGAGUUAAUAAACCUCCUUUUUUUAUCAUGCCUUUAUUAGAGUACAGGUAAUUAGGAACUUUAUAGUAUAGGUAAGGAAAUAUACCUGUGAUAAACCUAAUAUUUAUUUAUUCAUCACCACAACUGAUUAAUUAGAGCUUAAACAGAAUUACCUAUAUUUAUCUGUGUGUAUAAAUAGGUACACAUAUCUUGGCUUAUUAGCAUGUGUCCCAAAAACCUAUUUCUUUAUACCAUGUGUGCAAGACACUAAUAUAUUUAUUUAAUACAGUAGUUUUGUAUGAGAUGUUUAGCAAUGGUUAUAAUACACUGGAAUAUAUGAGUAUCAUAGUCUGACAACUACUUUCCCAGUUGCUUAAAAUUAAAGUAAUGAUCUUUGUGAUUUAAAGAGUUUUGUUUAUUUUUUUUUAUUAAAUAUAAACAUAUCUGUAUGAGUCUGUAUCAUCUGGAGCAAUCUGUUAUAAUCUAUAGGAUUCUUAAUAAGAGUAUCAAAUGUCCAGAAGCAUUUCACUUGUCACAGCUCCUAGAGAUUUCUCAAACGCACUGCUGCUCUAGGGUAGAAUACAGCUAGUCAUACAUCAAUUACCAUUUACUUUAUUACACCACAGAGCGCAUUGUAAUAGUGUAAAGUAACAGCCUGAUUAUACUCUAAUCAGCAGACCGCUGGAAUGAAGCUUUGACAAGGAUCCUUGAGUACUGCUACUGGUGACUUACAAGAACUCUCAGCACAUCUCCAUGUUCCCAUGGGUUAUUAUAAAUGCUGGUAGCAUUACAUCAUUUGCUUCUGGGCAUUAAAGUGAUUUACCGAUGACUAGUGAAAUUAGUUGAUGCUCUGUUCCUGAGGGACUACAGGUGUGCUAGUGCUUUAUGUAAUAGAUUUCCAUUCAGCAUAUAAAUUAUCUAGAUAAAUAAAUUAUGUUGAAAUGACAGACUCUGGCUAUAUUUAUGACAAUGUUGAGUUAUUUUGAACUAGUCUUUAUGUAUUACACAUUUGAAACUUAUACAGGUGACUGAAGGUUUGCGCAUGCGCACCUUGAACAUCUAAUUUAUUUUGCUUAUUUAUGUGUCUGAGGGAGUUAUUUUCAUACCUUUCCACUUUAGUGUCUUUUUUUUUGUUCCUUCCAUUCAUGAUUUAUGGUAACUAUUCCUAAACAUUUUGAUAUCACACCAUUUUUGUUGCAGGUCUAGUCAUUGUUUAUCUGAUCCUAUUGACUCCUAACUCAACUGCUCACUUUUUUCCAACCAGAAAACAAGCAGGAUGAAAACAUUGUCAUUCAACUGCAUGAGAACAUCAUUAAGCUUAUGUUAAAGAACAUAGUAAGUUUGUGACUGUAUGCAGAUUGUGACUGUCAAUAUACAAAAUCAGAUUUGAACCAGUAAAUUCAAAAUUUUUAACCUUAGUGAUAAAUCAAAAGACAACCUCUAACACAGGCUCAAUAUAUAUUCUUGUUCUUUCAAGUGGAGAUCUGAAUUUUUCUUCUAAGUCCUCAUACUACCAUUACACUGCUUUGUAGCUAUUUGUUUUAUACAUUAGUUGCUCUACUAAUCUUGAUUGG